CAACAACAUUGAUAUCACUAUUAUAGCCAUUGGUCACGCACACCAUGUUUGCGCGAUCAACCUCAAGUUCAAUAUGUCUCCGAUGCCUUGCUCGGCGCACAUACUCUACUACUCCCACCAAUUCUUCUUCUGAACUUGCAUCAUCCGCUACACUACCGCCGCCGCCACCACCACCGCCGCCAGCUUCAGGUGCCGCAAAAUUAACGAACCGCCGACUCAUUGCCCUACAUGGCCGGGACACGCCCCAUUUCCUACAGGGCCUCGUAACAGCGAACAUUCGACCCGGCCACACCAAUGGCUUGUACGGCGCAUUUCUCAACGCCCAGGGCCGCGUGCUCAAUGACGUCUUCAUCUACCCCACCGCGCACUCGAAGCCGUAUACCUCCUCGUUGCCCGGGACCCUGUCGCGCGACGAUCCGGCAUACAUAAUCGAAGUCGAUGCCUCCCAGGCGCCCAAGCUCCUGGCGCACUUGCGACGACACAAGUUGCGCUCGAAACUGACCAUUUCCUUACUCGAGCCCGGCGAAUGGGACGUCUGGAGUCUAUGGCGCGAGGACGAGCGCUGGACACCGCACUACGCAGACGAGAGUCCUCUUUUACAUACUCCUCAUGACAGUAGACAUGUCCAUGAUGGCGGACAUGUACCGGACAGUAGUGGAACUGCUACAGCUACGACCCAUCCACAUCAUCCACCCCAUGCAUACUCGCACGACGAAUACGACAUCUCGUCAUCAGUCCUGAGCACCGUCGACGCCCGCGCCCCUGGCAUGGGCCGCCGCGUGCUCACCCGCAACAACACACACCCGCCUGCGCUCGAUGAGGCAGGCAUCCCCCAGACGUCCCUCGCCGCAUACACUGUGCGCCGCAUGCUGCGCGGCGUGCCCGAGGGCCAGGCAGAAAUCCUGCGCGAGUCGGCCCUCCCGCUGGAAAGCAAUAUCGACUUCAUGGGCGGCGUGGACUUUCGCAAGGGCUGCUAUGUCGGCCAGGAACUCACCAUUCGGACCCAUCAUACCGGCGUGGUCCGGAAGAGGAUCCUGCCUGUGCUGUUGUACGACCCGGCGCAGUCGUCUAUAGGGCACGAAGAGACGCCGUCGCAGCAGGGCCAGUUACAGUUACAUUACGACCCCCAAGCCUUACAGGGUAUAAAUGGUUUACAGGGUAUACAGGGUAUUCAGGGUGCCCAGGGUGCAGACGGGAACCCUAUGGCGGUAGCGGUACCCCCAGGAACAAAUAUCCUCAAAGCGACCAACGCGACGCGCGCACGUGGCAGCGCAGGCAAAUUCCUCGCAGGCAUAGGCAACAUUGGCCUCGCGCUGUGCCGGCUCGAAGUCAUGACCGACUUGGCCCUCACGGGCGAAGGGAGUAAGUGGACUCCAGGGGAUGAGUUUGUCAUGCGCUGGGCGGAUUCCAGCGCCGGAGGCAGUAGUAAUGGUGCUGCUGCCAGUGGUGGUGAAGAGCAGGUCAAAGUCAAGGCAUUCAUUCCCGGCUGGCACAAACACAAAGGCACCAUCGACGUUCGCGAGCAAAGAUAGCCAUGUUUCAGUUUCACCAGACGCAAGUAGCAUUAACAUUCGUAGUAGAGUUAUACCUUUCGUUAUCUUAGAAUAUUAAGAACUGUGAUGGUAUAUUUCUUACUUUCUAUCCUGUGCAAUAAAUUCAUGGAGUCAUGGACUGGUGAACCGUGAAACUAUUUAACUCUUUUCUUUCUUUCUUUCUUUCUUUCUUUCUUUCUUCCUUUUCUCUUUCCUUUUCCUUUUCCUUUUUCUUCUUUUUUCUUUUCCCUUUUCAAACUGAUCAUUCUCUUCUCAAAGACU